CGGGAAAGUUCGGAAGUUUACGCGAUCCAUUACGGCGUCACGAUAACGAGUCGCUCAUGACAUUUUCGCGUUUUCGUGCUAAAAAGUGCAGCUUUUCAUCAAGAAAAACACCAAUUUCCAAAACAUAAUGGAUGACAACUACGAAGACGAUGCCCACUACUGUCUGAAGUGCCAUUCCACAAUAAUUGGCCUAGAUAACUACGUUAACCAUCGCAAACUUCUCUGUAACAAAACCACUCCCCAGCUCCUUUCAGCCGACGAAGGUCCUAUUACAUUGAAAGCGGACGACUUCUUUUCUUCUUUGGAAUUGCAGAGCAGUUCGAAGAAGGUUUCUCAUACCGCCACCAAUUCAAAAACCAGCGGAAUAUUUACCAGGAGCAAAACUCUCGCAGCUCUUCACGGCAAUAACGCGUCCACUAAAGAUUGCUCCACAUCCCCCACGCUUCAAAAAAAUAAUACUGAAAAUAACUCCUGGGUAGAAGAGAGCAAAGAAAGGGAAAAGAAAAAUAUCGUUAACAAAGAUUGCGAUACAGAUGAAAGCGACGGAGAAUCUGUCGAUUUAGUAUGCGAGGAUGAUGACUCAGAUGAAGACGACGAGGAAGAGGAAUAUGCAAAUGUACCACCAAAAUCGUUCACCGGAGGAAAAUGGAAACCUCGCUCCCCUAUCCAAUGGUACGGGGUUCAAAAUCAAAACGAUGACAGAGAAUGGAAUCCGCCUCCUCCGAAUUAUACAGGAGGAAAAUGGAAACCCGUUCACUACUUCUCCAAUAAACCAAAAAGUCCUUCGCCUUCAUCGACUGAUUACAAACGACCUAAUCAUCCUGAACCACCACCACCUAAUUACACCAAAGGGAAAUGGAAACCUCCAGUUCUGCCAAGGAAUAAAGAGUAUCAGGAAGAUGAAAAAUGGGACCCGUCUGUUCCGCCACCGUCACAUACUAAAGGUAAAUGGAAACCUACAGUGGAAGUGAAGUCCUCGGCUCCUCCUCCGUCUCAUACAAGAGGCAAGUGGAAACCAAGAGACAGAGAAGAAUUAUGUACCGCAGUCAAUAAAAAAAUCGAGGGAAGGCCGUUUGUGAAAUCUAAUGGACGAAUCCAUUAUUGGUGUGGUCCUUGCAAUAGAAGACUUUCCUCCAAAAUAGUCUACAACAGACACUUAAAAUCUGAACUUCAUCUGAAAAGAACCAACGACGGAGAUCUAGAAGUACUUCCUCGAGUUAAAGAGAAACAGAAAUUGACGAAAAUCAACAAUAAAGUUUCACCCGUUCCUGAAAAAGCGGUAAAAAAAGAACUGUCUGAAAAGCAAAGAAAACGUAAAAAACUUUAUAAACACUGCGACGUUUGUAAAUCUCGCGUUAAUAUGAAAAGCAUCGGAAAACAUCUAAUUUCCCACUACCACUGUCGAAGAGGUGAUCCUGUGGCCCCCGAAACACAACAACUGAUCCUGGACAAUAUCCACAACAUUGUGCUUCAAUGUCCAUUUCAAUGUGCUCCGUGUAAAUUCUAUUGUAAUACCCAAGAAACGUUCUUGAAACACUGGACGUCUUUGUCCCAUAAAACCAAAAAUCAUUCCACCAACGGCUACUUCAACUGCGGAUGCUGCAAAUUCAGUUGCAUCGAAUCGGACGAAAUGCAUCAACAUUUAAUAGGUCAAGAACAUUUAGAAGUUAUUUCUGUUAUAAACGGUUCAGUGCCGAUCGUAAUAAAGCGACUAUCACCAAUCAGUUGCGUGACUUGUGGAGAAGAAUUUCUGUUAAAUAUCCAACUGAGAAAACACUGCGAGAGACUGGGACAUUCAUUCGCCAACACAGCUUCUGAUACAUACCAAAGCAAAUACAAGUGCUCAUCUUGCAACGGUACGUUUAAAUCGGCCAUAGCUCUUCAAAGACACAUGCUCUCGGCUCAUAACACUAGCACAUUUAUAUGUGGCACAUGCUCUGUUACUUUUAAUGACAUCGAAGAAGCAAAGAACCAUAGAAGGACUUGGGAACAUAGGCAGAAAGUUUUGGAAAAACGACAGAAGCAAACCAAAGAUGGGAGCGAUCGAAAAGAAUGUCAUUUCUGUUCCAAAGUAUUCAGUUCGUUUUCGGAAAUGAAGGAACAUCAAAAGGUCGAGCAUCCAGAUAUAAAACACAGUUGUCCUUACUGUGGGAAAAGUUUUACAAUCCCCCAGGACCUAACAGUCCACAUCAGGACAAAAGCCUGUUCCUUUACAGACACCGAAGACAAAGAACACACAUGUAAACAAUGUCCUUUCAAAACCGACUCCAUGUCAGAUUUUCUCUUCCAUAACGCUCUUCACACCGAACCCCUCAUUCUCUAUCCGGAAGAAGAACAUUCCCAACAAGCCCACAAGAAACCCAUCGAACAGUACAAGUGUCCCGUGUGCGAGAAGUUUUAUCCCAAGUCAUCCCUAUUGGGUCAUCUCAGAUUGCAUACCUCAGAAAGACCUUACGCCUGCAAAAUAUGCCGUGCAAGUUUCGCCAGGAAGAACAAUCUUCUCUACCAUAUGAAGAAACACACAAAGAAAGAUAUGGCAGGAGAUUUAAAGGAGAAAACUGGAGAUGGAGAAAAAUCGAGGCUGCACUUGUGUUCUGCCUGCGGAGCCAGCUUCCGGAAACGGUCCAUUCUCCAGCAGCACAUGACUCGUCACACGGGAAAGUUGUACAGAUGUCCCCGAGAAAACUGUGUCUUUUCAGCACGGACUCCGGGAGAAUUAAAACCCCAUUUAGUAACGCACGAAGAGAAAAAACCUUUCAGUUGCGAAUUGUGCGAUUACAAGGGAAAAACGAAGCAACAGUUACUUAGACAUCUAACUCUGCACGACUCGCACAAGAAAUUCCACUGUUCGCAGUGUUCUUUUUCGACUCGAUUUGCAUCUCACCUGAGGAGACACCUGAGACUUCAUACCGGCGCCAAACCGUUCACGUGUCCACAUUGCGAAUACAAAUGCAACACUUUGGAAAAUCUACGAAGACAUAUCCUGUCAACAACCAAACACGCUGGGAAAUAUAUAUACGAGUGUAGAUUUUGCAACAUUUUUCAGACAAAUUUUGCAAAGGAUUACAAGGUUCAUCUAGUCAGCGCACAUUCCGAUAAAUUUGUUUCGACAAAUGAAGCUAUCACAUACAUUGCGGGUAUUUAUCAAUCGGAAAAUGACACAUCAUCGUUUCACGUCGUUUUGGACGACCCAAAGGGCCAGGGCUCUGCUGAGAAAGAAUCCCUUCAAGAAAGUACGCAAUCAGUUUCACAACAAACUUGUGGAACCAACGAUUUGGGACCUGCUAUACUUUUAACAUCAGUGUCUGGACAAGAUGCGAAUGAGCAUAAAAUUCAAGAUGAACUUUUUUCCAUGUUUAUUGUAUCCAAGGACGUCGUAAGGGUUGAAAAUAUGACUGAAUCAUGGAUAAUGGAAGAAAAUUAUGACGUCGAAGAAGCCGGCGUUUUAAUACCUUUCCAAUCAGAAGGAGACUCGUUAUUUAACGAACAUUUUUAAUUUUAUUAGAUAAUUAGGAACUAAGUUGAAUUGCAUUCUUUUUGUAAGUCGUGCUUACAUACAAUAGGACAAUAUUUUUAGGAUAAGUAAAUAUAUUAAUCUUUUUAUAAUGUAUUAAAUUUAAACAC